AUGGCCCUGUCGCGGUCACUCCGCUCUGUGCGACGGCCUGAAGAACCUGCCGACGGUCUGGCAAAACGCAUCCAAGAUGCCCGCAAAAGCUCCCCCGAUUGUCUCGAUACCUCCAAAGAACCUCCAAAAUCUCACUUGAAACCUUCGCGCCCGCGCACCUCUCGCACUCGUCGCGACUCCUCUUCGUCAGUUGACACGGUCGCCUCGGGCCAAUUGGCGACACCGACAACACGUACAAACGGAAAUGGUCUCUUCAAAACCCCACGCGCCCGUCGUGACCAAGGUACCCCCUCCGCGGACUUGUUGCGCGACAUCAAUGAGUCGCCAGACCCAUUGGACACCAUCUCUCCAGCUCCCUCGGUCGCGAAGCAGCGCACCGUUACCCCGGCCAAUGUGGACUCGAAUCUCAAACCACCUUCACCUGUGACCCGCACAACUCGUCGCAAUGACAAACGAUCGCUGACCGACGAGAACGCGAUCAAGGAAGAGGGGGAGGGUGCGACUCCAGAUGUCAAGAGCGAGGCGCCCGACGAGCCUGCAGACUCACGGUCGGGGAGACGGUCGUUGCGUUCGACCGAUACCGGAUCACGAUGCAAGAGCGAGCUUGCGCAGUAUUUCCACAACUAUGAACAGAUUAUCAGCUUGGAAGACCCCGAACCUGGUAUGUUACUCGAUCCCGAGUGUAUCGAGCGCAUAGCUGACGUUGGAUAUUAUACAGAAUUCCUCGCCGCCAAAACAACCAUCACUCUCGUGGACGAUCUAUCGCGACCACUACCUUUCUCCUCCAACCCCGACCCUACACCCUUCGGCAACCCCCUCCUCAAGCUCUACGACUGUGAAAAGAUCACCCUCCCCAAACCCGCAAACACACCCACAAUCGACCCACUAGGCGAAGAGACCUAUUUCCGCGCGCACCGCAAGUUCGAACGACAAGAGAAACAACUCCGCAACAUCGAGCGCAACCGUGCCCAGCACGAACAACAAGUCCUCGAGCGUCUCCUGGACGAGCUACGCGGCCAUGACUGGCUACGCGUGAUGGGUCUGACGGGAGUCCACGAAAGCGACAAGAAGCUCUACGAGCCGAAGCGCGAUAUUCUAAUACAAGAGCUAGUCACUCUGGUGAACAAAUUCCAAGCAUGGAAAGACGAAGAGCGUCGACGCAAACUGGAAAGGGAAAAGGCACAACCAGCGCCAGGCACUGAGGCAGCACCUAAUGUCCCGGCCCGACAGCACUCGCGCAAACGAUCCCGGCCCGCUGAAGACGUGAAUAGCUCCCCGGCACCUGGGGCUGAUUUACAAAGCAUGCCAGAUGCAGACCCAGACCCAGACCCAAGUGAUGUCGACGCAUUGGCUGCGCGUCAGCUUCAUCAGGAAGCUCAAUCAGCAAGCGCCGUUAAACAGCGCAAGACAGCACCUGCUCGCAAGUCUAUCUCCAAACCCACCAACACCAACACUACCACUACCAAUACCAGCACUACCAACACAAACACAAACGACCCCGAACCAAAGCCCACCCCCAAACGCAAAAAACCAAACCCAACACCCACAAAACCACACCCACAACCUCCAGCCUCAGCUCCAACUCCAACUCCAACUCCAACUCCAACUCCAACCCCCAAACCAACCCCACGACCCCUCCAGCAAGCCCCCCUCUCCCACUUCUGGAAUCCAGCCCCACGAGAAGGCCCCUUCACAUCCUUUUUCCGCCAACGACACGUCCGCGAAGCAGCCAUCGCCGCAACAAACGGUAUCCGUCGCGGCGGAUCUCGCUCAACCCUCGCAUUCGGAUAUCCAGUUCCAGACCAGACAGAGCGGGAAUUCGAGCUAGCGCCGGAUAUUCUGAAUGAGGAGUCUAUUAUGCAGUCGCAGCGGAAGAGGAGGAGGCUUAAGCGGAGGAGUUUGGGGUGA